CGGAUCGUCAUUCCCACCUCAACAUUGUUGCCAGCCUCGAGCAAUUCUCUAAAUCCAGACAUGUCCCCAAAUGUUUACAUCAUCGGCGCACAAAGCACCGGAAAAACCACCCUCGUAGGGGCCCUUGAGACUCACUUCAUAAACCACUGCGAAACCCUUUCCACUUCCGCAUCCCCGAGAUUCAUCAGGGAAAUUGCGCGCAAAGUACUGGACAAGCAUGGUUAUACGGCAGAGGACAUUGCAAAAUCACCUCGGCGCACAUUAGAGUUGCAAAAGCUCAUCAUCGAAGCACAAGCCCAGGCAGAAUACGAAACGGCUGCUCCCGAUACUCCGGCUGCGGAUGCCACCGGCCUCCCGGUUUUCAUUUCGGAUCGUUCAGCCAUCGAUCCAGUGGUCUACGCCAGGCAGUACGUUGGACUGCAAGAAAGUCGGGGUUUACUGACACUACCGGAGUGGCGUCAAAUGCACAAACACAUGGCAGCCUCGUUGGUCAUUUUGUGCGAGCCAAACAUUGACUGGCUCAUGAGUGACGGGGUACGGUUGAUGCCCCGGGACGAAGAAGAGUGGUUGUUGACUCACAAGCUGUUCUGUGAUGUGCUUGACGAGGUUGGGUUGUCCUUCAUAGUACUGCCGAAGGAAAUGUCAGAUAUUGAAGACAGAGUAGGGUUCGUGCUUGAGCACAUGUGACGUUGAUCAAUUCCAUCGGCACUUGUCUUUUCGCUAUGGAACUGGCCUUGGCUCGAUCCAGGCCUCGGAGUGGUCUUUUCUGGUUUCAAUCUCCAUCAUAUCUUCGAUAGAUCCUGUACCUUUGCGUUGUACGACUAGGUUUCCGCAAUCAAUAUGCGCGUAAAGAUCCGAAGACAGCCUCCCAAGCUCAUACUACCCAUCACAGCAUGGUCCCUGUCACUUUUGAAGGCCCAGAUAGUAC